AUGUUAAAACUUGGGGUGAUUGAAGAAUCAUACAGUGAUUGGAGCAGUCCAAUUGUGUUAGUUCCUAAACCGGAUGGUACUUUACGAUUUUGUAAUGAUUAUUGUAAAUUAAAUUGUAUUUCAAAAUUUGAUACCUACCAAAUGCCUAGGGUUGAUGAGUUACUAGAAAGACUAGGAAAAGCACGUUAUUUAACAACAAUUGAUUUAAUGAAAGGCUAUUGGCAGGUACCCCUCACUGAUCAGGCAAAGGAGAAAACUGCUUUUUCAACUCCAGAUGGGUUGUUUCAGUAUACAGUUUUGCCAUUUGGGUUACAUGGUGCUACUGCAACAUUUCAGAGAAUGAUGGAUAGAAUUUUAAAGGACCAUGUUCGUUAUGCUGCAGUGUAUCUUGAUGAUGUAAUCAUUUAUACUGAUGGAUGCACUGACUGGUCUGUAGAUUACAAAAAAUAUCAAGUUUUGGUUGGCGAACCUGUACGGAUAAAAUGUGCACUAUUUUAUGGAUAUAUCAGAGCAAACUACACACUAGCACAAAGUGCCGGAUUAAGUUUAAUGUGGUAUAAAAGCACUGGACCUGGAGAUUUUGAAGAACCAAUAGCUUUUGAUGGAAAUAGGAUGAGCAAAGAAGAAGAUGCUAUUUGGUUUCGACCAACAGUAUCAGAAGACAGUGGGCUUUAUGCUUGUGUCAUAAGGAACUCAACCUACUGCAUGAAAGUUUCUAUUUCCUUGGUUGUUGGGGACAAUGACACAGGACUUUGCUAUAAUUCCAAAAUGAAAUACUUUGAAAAAGCUGAACUAAGCAAAAGCAAAGAAAUUUUAUGUCCAGAAAUAGAAGAUUAUGUUAUGCCAUACAGAGAGCCAGAAAUCAAAUGGUACAAGGAAUGCAAAGCAAAGACAUGGAGGCCGAGCAUUAUUUUUAAAAGAGACACUCUUGUUAUUAGGGAAGUUCGAGAAGAUGAUAUUGGAAAUUAUACCUGUGAAUUGAAAUAUGGUGGUUUUCUUGUAAGAAGAACAACAGAACUGACAGUAACAGCUCCUCUAACAGAUAAACCCCCAAAAUUACUACAACCUUUGGAAAAUAAGUUGACCAUACAAGAAGCCCAGAUAGGUAAUUCUGCAAAUAUAACCUGUAGAGCUUUCUUUGGAUAUAGUGGAGAUGUCAGUCCUUUAAUUUAUUGGAUGAAAGGCGAAAAAUUUAUAGAAGAUUUGGAUGAAAAACGUGUUCGUGAGAGUGAUAUUAGAGUUAUUAAGAAACACCUGGGAGAGCAGGAGGUAUCCAUUUCAUUAUUAUUUGACUCAGUUGAAGAUGCAGACUUAGGAAACUAUUCCUGUUAUGUUGAGAAUGGGAAUGGACGUAGGCAUGCCAGUGUUUUCCUGCAUAAAAGAGAGCUUAUGUAUACUGUUGAACUUGCUGGUGGGCUUGGAGCUAUUUUGCUGUUGCUUGUUUGCCUGGUUACUGUCUACAAAUGUUAUAAGAUAGAACUUAUGCUCUUCUACAGAAACCAUUUUGGAGCUGAAGAACUUGAUGGAGAUAGCAAGGAUUUUGAUGCUUACUUAUCCUAUACCAAAGUGGAUCCUGACCAGUGGAACCAAGAAACAGGUGAAGAAGAGAGAUUUGCCUUGGAGAUUCUACCUGAUAUGCUUGAAAAACACUAUGGUUACAAAUUAUUCAUACCUGAUAGAGAUUUAAUCCCUACAGGAACAUACAUUGAAGAUGUGGCAAGAUGUGUGGACCAAAGUAAACGUCUAAUUAUUGUGAUGACUCCCACUUAUGUCGUCAGAAGGGGUUGGAGUAUAUUUGAAUUAGAGACCAGACUUCGGAACAUGUUGAUCACUGGAGAAAUAAAAGUUAUCCUUAUAGAGUGCAGUGAAUUGCGUGGGAUUAUGAAUUAUCAAGAAGUGGAAAAUCUCAAACAUACCAUUAAGCUCUUAACUGUAAUCAAAUGGAAUGGGCCAAAAUGCAACAAGCUGAAUUCAAAUUUCUGGAAACGUUUACAAUAUGAAAUGCCUUUUAAGAGAAUGGAACCCAUAACACAUGAGCAGGUUUUAGAUGUUAGUGAGCAGGGGCCUUUUGGUGAACUGCAGACAGUCUCAGCAAUGUCAAUGGCUGCAGCCACUUCAACUGCCCUAGCCACUGCCCAUCCUGAUAUCCGUUCUACCUUUCAUAACACUUACCAUACACAGAUGAGACAGAAACACUAUUAUAGAAGCUAUGAAUAUGAUGUACCUCCCACUGGCACCCUGCCUCUUACCUCAAUAGGUAAUCAGCAUACUUACUGCAACAUACCUAUGACACUUAUUAAUGGACAGCGGCCACAGACAAAAACAAACAGGGAGCAGCACCCAGAGGAGGCCCAUACAAACAGUGCUAUUUUGCCGCUUUUGCCAAGAGAAACAAGUAUUUCCAGUGUGAUCUGGUGA